GGAAGAGCAACAUAUUUCGGCUGACAACUAAAAAGUUGUGUCUCUGAUAAACCACGUCACCUCGAAUAGAAGAAAGUGAAUACAGACCAAGGGAGUCCAGUCAAGUUUGGUCAGUGGAACAGAUGUUGCUAUUGUGAGAUGUCCUUAAUGGAGCAUGGGGGAGUCCGGCCAUUGACAGCUCUGGCCUGGACCUCCAACAGCAGCACUUGUCCCAAAGAUUUCACAGUGAUCAGCAUCACAGAAGAUGGAGCAACAGCAAACUUCACGCGCAGCUUUGGGAUGAAGUCAGGAUAUUACCUCUGUUACAGCAAGGAUUUAUCAGGUGGUAUGGUACUGUCAGACAUUCAACUUAUAUCAGACAAGGACUCUAUUCCUCAUGGUUACUGCUAUAUAGCGGAGUAUCUUGAACCGAGGGCCACUGUGUCAAAGAAGAAAAGGGUGUGUGUACGUGUCGUCCCAGUGGGCAGCGUGGAUACAGCUGUGUUGGAUGUGAAACUGACAGCCAAAAGCAAAAUGAUGUUGCAACACUACACAUAUGUGGGAGACAUCCAUGGCUACGUAUUGUGGUGUAGAAAGGGGCCUUUUUCUGGCCCCAUGCCUCAAGCUAAGCCCCGUAGUGUCAGCCUAGACCUCCGCAAACUAUCCCUGGAGCAGUCAUCUGGUCCGUUGCCUCUCAGACCCAGUAACCCUCCUCCAUUGCCACCGGGCAGACUGAGUCAGAGACGCUGCAGCCUCCACACCAAGGACAAUGACAAACCUGCAGAUGGCAGCAUGCAGGGAAUCACAGCUCUAGAUGGAGUUCCUUUCAGCCUUCAUCCAAAGUUUGAUGUUCAGACGAAUGGCACGGGUUCCCAGCUGAACUCUCAAUUAAACAACAUUCGUAUAAAGUCUCUCCAGGACAUUGAAAAUGAGUACAACUACACUUUUGCUGUUGAAGAAAAUGCUGCAAAGAGGACCAGACCGUCGGUUCCAGCAGGAGGCGCCUCUUCAGCUCAGUGACCUUUGCACUUUAUCAAAGGCUUAAUAUGAGACUUUUUGCAUUAAAAAUGAGUCUUCAGGGUCAUAUCUCACAUUCUGGUACAACUGAAUGAUCUGGAUCUGGAACAAUAAGCUAGAGAAAGGUUCUGUUGUUACAGGGUCAUGUAAAAUUUCAUCCAUGAGUGCGAUGCUUCUACCUAAUAAUGAGAACAAUCAAACCCUAAAGCCAGUGGAAAUGUUUCACUGUUUGUUUAUGCGUUUCCUUUACAUUCCAUUUUCUUUAUCCAUCAUUCUAAGUCCUUAACAGGGAAUCAUUAAGCUGUCAUUUGCCAAAGGAAUGGACUCUAUGAAUGAGAUCAUACACCUAAUUGUUUUAUGUUUGUAUAAAGAAGGUGUAACAGGGUUUAAGAUGUAACGAGUUAUUGUAUCUCAAGUAUCAGCCAUUUGGGAGUAUUCAUCUGCAGUAAUAAAACACAUCAUCUUUACUUUAUAGACUUCAUUUCAAGCUUAAGGCUAACUGUAACUCUAUACAUACAUUGUCACAAAAGUAUAACUAAUGGACAGUGUGUGCUGUUUUCUCUGUAGCAUGUUCUUUGCACAUUUUUCUAACGUUCGGUCAGUGCUUUUUGUGGAUACACUUUGCUGCAGAUGAUGUUUAUCUAAACUCCAUAGAUAUUCCAAAAUAUUUACAUGUUGGAUUUAUAGUGUUUUUCUUCUAUUAAGCUGCCAUCAUUAAAAAAAAUGUGUAUGCCAUUAUAAGGCGAAAAGAACUAAGAUGAAAAUAUUAUUGCUCUUUUUUUUAUAGUGGGACCACUGCAAGAUAUAUGGCUUAAAACCGAAGUUUUGGAAAAUACAGUCUUACAUUUAUUUAUGUUACUGGGCAAUGCGUAACGUUACGUUCUCUUUUUAUCUGUAUAGCAAGCUUUAUUCUGCAUGGAGGGAAAAAAAUUCAAAUAAACACUACUUAAAGUAUGU